AAUUGAUCCGAGGGUCGCUGUCAAACACCCCUUAACCGUGAACAAUCAAGAACGCGUAACUCGUAAAGCCCCGCUCGAGAACGUGCAGAACGCCAACGCCAACGCCAACGCGAAGCUACUAGACGGUGCUGCUCCAACACCCCACAGCGCUAGAAUACCGCGCGUUAUACAGAAGCAGGCAAGAACAGCAUCUCUAGCGAGGAAAGAGGAUGCAAGAGAUAACGCGCCCCACGAAACACUAGGAUAUUCCAGCCAACCAAGAAACACUCCCAAUUGCCAGAAUCCAAGCCUUUUUUUCAUCCAACUCCUCGUCGUCGUUGAGUUCAACUCUCAGAGUUGGCCUUUUCCAGAUGGGUCCACGUCCUACGACGACUUUGACGACCUCGACGACACUCGCGUGUCUCUACACCACCCAAACAACUUGAGAGAAAUUCUUCAAGAUAAUUUGCUCCUUGUCAUCGAACGCGACGAGGAGACUAUAAAAGACCAAAAAUGCCAGGCGUACGAGACGUUAGGACGAAAUAUUGACGCUACUUUCAGCGCUGAAGCUUUUAUUGAAGCGUAUGCUUCUCACCUCAAGCGUUCUGGAAAGCUCGAGGUCCCGAAUUGGGUCGAUCUCGUCAAGACGGCUACCUACAAGGAACAAGGUCCCUACGAUCCAGACUGGUUCUACGUAAGAGCGGCGGCUGUUGCCCGACAUAUCUACCUCCGCAAGUCGAUGGGUGUGGGUGCCCUUGCGAAAUUACACGGUGGAAGGAGCAAUCGAGGAAACCGACCGUCGCAUCACGCCGACUCGUCCACCUCUGUCCAACGAAAGGUCUGCCAAGCUCUUGAAAAGAUUGGUGUUUUAGAGUUGUUACCGGAUGGUGGCCGACGAAUCUCGCAGGACGGUCAAAGAGAUUUGGACCGGAUCGCGACGGCGGUC